AUGACAGACAAUAGAAGCUCAUCCCCUCCAAGGACCUCGGCCCCUGAUCUCGAAAUCUUAGGCGACCAAGUAACAUUACAUCCCAGUGGUUAUAUUGAACCCCCGGAAAGACCCCAUGAUGGAGAGAAGGAAAGGAAUUUGGUAGAGCAUAUGGCCAGGUUUCGAUCAAGUCCUUUGGAGUUUCUCAGAGAGGUUUCUUUGCAUGUUUCAGGAACAGGAUGGCGUGCCUACGACCAUUUCAUCGGACAGCCUAUAUUUUAUCCUGGAUUCUCGGAGAAUAUGACCGCUGCGGUCAUGUCUACGCCAAUUCUACAAAAACGAAUAUCCGAGUUGGCAGAGAAGAGGAUAGGGAUUGAGGAGCAGGAAGGGUUAUUGGAUAAAGAUGAUCCAUUAUACCAUUCGAAAAAAAUCACAGAGGAAGUCUGCCAUUGCAAAAAGUUUACAAGAGCUUUCAGAAAAGCUGACGGCUUUACCGACAGUCGUGGCUGGGGACAAUCUGAAUUUCCCUGUCGUAGGGAGCUUUUUACAACACGCUGGUUAGUUGACAUUCCACGUUUGUGGCGAAAAUAUAAUAAUUCCAUAGGUGCCAUGUGGAUAAGAAGAAGUUUCGGAGAUGAUGCGCUGUAUACCACUCUUGUACAAUCCUACAUAGACACUCUUCUACAAGGCGGCUUUAACUUUGAAUGUUUCAUUGAAGGCGGAAGAUCAAGAACUGGAAAGUUGUUGCCACCUAAAUUCGGUAUUUUGAGCUUUAUCUUGGAUAGUAUUCUUUCCGGUCGAGUUAAAGAUACCAUCAUCUGUCCUGUCAGCACUCAGUAUGACAAAGUUAUUGAAACCGAAGGUUAUGUUGGUGAGCUACUUGGACUUCCGAAGAAAAAGGAGAAUUUAGCGGAUUUUCUCUCGGCAUCAUCAGUCCUUUCCCUCAAGUUGGGUCGUGUGGAUGUUCGAUUUCAUGAACCUUGGAGUCUGCGAGAUUUUAUUCUACAACAGCAAGCUCGAUCACUAGGGAUACCAAACACACUUGACUUUGAGAGCAUCAAUAUUCCUAGUGUUCGGCAAAAGUUGUUGAGGACAUUGGGUUUUAAAGUCCUCUCCGAUAUUAACGCCGUUUCGGUUGUCAUGCCUACCGCGUUAGUGGGAACAGUUUUAUUGACUUUGAGAGGUCGUGGUGUUGGUAAAUCCGAACUGAUUCGCCGAGUCGAAUGGAUUAGCGAACGAGUUGGAAAUAAGGGAGGGCGAGUAGCUCAUUUUGCCGGGGCUACUACAUCUGCCGUAGUUGAAAGAGCUCUUGAAGUUCUUGGUAAAGAUCUUGUAGGGAGAGUGGAUGGCUUGGCGGAAGAAACAUACUACGCUGUUGAUCGAUUCCAGCUAUCUUUCUAUCGAAACAUGACAAUACAUCUAUUCAUAUCUGAAGCACUAGUUAGUGCCAGUAUGUAUAUGAAUGUAAAACGUGGAGGAGGAAAAGUUCAUCAAAAUAUCCCUUAUGAAGAACUACGAAAUCAAGUUCAGUUUCUUUCUCAAUUAUUCCGUGGUGAAUUCAUCUACCCAACAGAAGGAUUGGCCGUCAAUCUAGACAACACUUUACACGAUUUGGAAUCCGACAACAUAGUUGAACUUAUUCGAGAUUCAGAAGGAAAGAUUGUGACCAUUGGUUUAUCUGACCAUGAACGUUCCGUUGGACGUGAAAAUUACGAUUUUUACUGUUUCCUAAUAUGGCCAUUCAUUGAAGCAUUUUGGCUUGGCGCCGUUUCUCUCAUGGGCUUCACACCGCCUCUAAAUAAACCAAAUGAUGUUUGGUUAGAGGUCAAGAAAGCACAUGAUGGUGCUCAACUACUUGGCAAAACCCUCUAUCACCAAGGUGAUUUAUCCUAUUUCGAAGCCGUCAAUAAAGAAACACUCAAGAAUUCAUAUCAAAGAUUUGAAGACGAAGGCAUAGUAAUAGUAUCCAAGAGUAAAAACACCAAGAUACAACCGCGAUCUCGACUUGCUCCUGAAUGGACACCAACUCGAAAUCCAGAAAACGGUAUGAUCAUCGCCGAAGGAAAAUUAUGGGACUUUAUUGAAAAGAUCGCCAAGUCAAGGAGGGAAGGAAAGAAUAGACGGGAUGGAGCCACUGUAUCAACACGCGUCUUGAGACUCGCAGAUGAAUUGGGUCAGACUUUGUUUGCUGAAGGAUCGGGAGACAUAGGAAUGUCUGAGGAGGAUAAGAAGGAAUUGCAGAGGAGAGAGAAGAGGAGACAGGCAUUGAAGGCUAGAGCACAUUUGUGA